AUGGGGAAUUCAGGGCUUUGUGGUGCUUCACGUUUAGGAUUUCCAAUGUGCCCAAGUAACUCUAAAAGAACUAAUAAUGGCUUCAUGCUGAAAAUUUGGCUGCCUACUAUCAUCAUAGCAAUUGGACUUGUAGCUUUCUGCAUAUAUGUAAUGCUCAGAAAGAGGAUUAAGAAGCGGCUAGGGAUGUCAGCUUCUCCCGGUAUGGCUGACAUGCUCACCCAUCACCUGGUCUCGUACCAUGAGCUUGUUCGAGCAACUGAUAAUUUUAGUGAGAGCAACCUGCUAGGGUCUGGAAGUUUUGGAAAAGUUUCCAAGGGCCAGCUAAGCAAUGGUUUGAUUGUUGCAAUCAAAGUACUAGACAUGAAGCUAGAACAAGCGAUGAGAAGCUUUGAUACAGAGUGUGGUGUACUACGGAUGGCACGACACCGCAAUCUAAUGAGGAUACUCAAUACCUGCUCCAACUUGGAAUUUAGGGCAUUGGUGCUUCAAUACAUGCCCAAUGGCAGCUUAGAAAUGCUACUACACAACUCUCAAGGUACAACCGAAUUGGGAUUCAGUGAGAGACUAGGCAUCAUGCUCGAUGUGUCAUUGGCAAUGGAGUAUCUACACCAUGAACACUACGAGGUGGUCCUGCACUGUGACUUGAAGCCUAGCAAUGUGUUGUUCGAUGAGGACAUGACAGCACAUGUGGCAGACUUUGGCAUUGCAAGGUUGUUACUAGGUGAUAACAGCUCUACGAUCACUGCGAGCAUGCCUGGAACUGUUGGCUACAUGGCACCAGGUACUAUUACUAUCUAGCAAUUUUCUUGCUCAAUCUACUUCUGAUUGAACCAUUGAGUAAUUAGGUUAAUCAGGCAUGCCUUAAUUUCAGAGUAUG